GCCUCGGCCACCACUGCUCAGUCACCCAGCGGACCCUGUAGUGUGAGGACGUCUCGCUGCCACCGCCCACUCGCCGCUCAGUCCACCACUGGCACUCGACCCAGGCGGCGGCGAAACAGCGGCGGUCUGUCUCUUGCGCCGCGACCCGCCCCUGAGUGCGUGUGUGCGUGUGUGUGCGUGUGACACCCCAACGUGGACUAUCUUCGCUUAUUUUACUCUACGGUGAUCCGAGAAAAAAGAGAAAGAGAGAAAAAAAAAGGGGGAAAGAGAGGAAAAGAAAAUCUGAGAAACCUUUAUUUAGUUUCGGUUCGAGAAGAAUUUUCUUCCUUUUUUUUUUAAGUUUCCCUUUUUUUUUUUAAAUUUUGUUCCGAGGAAAAUAUUUACGAGAGAGAAGAGAAGAGAGACUGCCCGUGAUCCCCCUAUUGUUUCCCCCCGACCGAGGCAUGGGAUAAGGAAGAAGAAACUCGCCAGAUAUAUUACUCAAAAAUCAUAUCUAUUUUUCCCCUCGCGAGCCCUUCUUAUCGUUUACUCAAGUUUGUUGCUUUAAAAAGGAAACGAUGAGAGAGAAACGACUUCCGGCGACUUUUGAAAAGAGGAAAAAAUAGAAAAGCUCCCUUUUUUUAUUUGGAAAAAAUGAUCUGAUUAAGAGAGAAAAAAAGUAAGAUUGUUUUUUUAAAAAAAGAAGUAAACAUCACAGCUGACAACUUGUUUUGUUUAUUUUGUUUGGUUUUAUCUUUUGGUUUGUGACCAGUGAAGUUCUCUCUCCCUCCUGAAGAAAGGGAGAGAUUUUGAAGAAAGAGAAAAAGGGGGAAAGAAAAUAAAUAAGAAAAGAGAGAGGAAAAAAUAGUGUUACCUCCGAAGGAGGUGUAGACGAAGGAGUAGAAGAAAGAAAGAGAAAAAAAAGGAAAAGAAAAGCAUACAACAAGAACUACCAAUAAAAACAAAAACAAAACGACCCCCCCACCCCCCUCAAACGCAAAAUAAAACACACAAACCAAAAAUACCCGGGGACAGCAGCGAGUGCGAUUGGUUGGGCAUGUUAUCAGAAGUACAGCCGUGUUACAGCCUGCCUCCUGUAUGAAACUCCGAAAUCCUGAACCGCAGAAGAUGGAAGUGCUGUAUCCGGGAAACCUAGCUCUCUUGAGCAUGUUCCUCAAAAACCCUGACAACGAGAAAGAUGAGAUUAAGAAAGAUGAGAGAAAGAAAGGCGACGGGCCGGGCGAGUGCGCCGACGUGCUGACGUGCGGAGUGUGCCAGAAGGACUUCCUUUUGGCCGACAUCCUCCGCUUCAUCCAACACAAGGUCCACAACUGCCAGGCGCCAACACCCCCGUGCGGAGGCCAGGACACGCCCUCGGGAGGCGGCGGCGGCGGCGAGCGCGAGGACACCCCCUCGGCGCGCCCGCCCUCCGCCACCGCCGCGCGCGACCACAAUGGCGACUUGGGCUGCGAUUCGCCGUCGGACCCUUCGAGCCCCGCCGCGCCCGUCAAGGAGGAAGGCGACGACUGCAAGGCGGACGAGAAGCGCAAGCGGGACGACGAGGACGACGCGCCCGCCAGGAAGAAGCCCCGCAGCACGCAGGACGCCGAGGCCAACACCACAGACUCCGAACCUGCGCGAUACGUGUGCGGGACGUGCGGCGCCGUGCUAGGUUCAGCGUGGUCGCUCGUGCAGCACGUGCAGUCCUCGCACGGCAUCAUCAUCUACCAGGAGGCCCCCGGGGCUACCCCUCUGUCCACGCCCUCGACGCCCCCGGGCCUCCCGCGCCCGUCGCACUCGUCCCCGCUGGCGUCCGUGUCGUCCACCGCCCCCACGGCGUCCGCGCCCCACCCGCCGCCCCUGCAGCUGCUGGACCCCGCCAAGGUGGACCUGACCAAGGUGGACAUCACCAAGGUGGACCUGUCCAAGGUCGACCUCAGCAAGAUCGUCCCGCCCGUCACUUCGGGUGCCACGCCUCUGCCGCCUCACCCGCCCGUGACGGCGCCCCUCCUCGACCCGACACAUCCGUUCAACCUGCUGCGGAUGCCCCUCGGAGACGCGCGCGCGCCCUUCCCCCCCGGACUCGCUCCGCCCUUCGUCCGGCCGGGCCACGACUUCCGCAUGGACCAGCUCCUGCAGGAGGGUCUCCGUCUCAACCCCGGUCUGUUGCCGCCGCACUUCGAACGGCCGCCCUUUCUUGACCCCGGGCUGGGUGCACCCCGCCAUACGGCGCCCACGCCCCUAACUGCUGGCGGAGACCCCAACCUUGAUUUCUACUCACAGCGACUCCGGCAGCUGGCGGGCACGACCAGCCCCACCAGCUCCACCUCGCCGCGGAAGCCCUUGCCAACGCCUCCUCCCCCGCCCUUCUCCUCCCCCAACGCCCCCACUCCCUCCAGCCUGGCGCCCUCACAGACGCCCACCUCCACCCGAUGCGAGGCCCUCGCGCAGCAGCACGAGAGGCGCUUCAAGUGCCCCACGUGCUGCAAGUGCUUCCGGUGGGAGAGCAACCUAGCCAUCCACCAGCGCGUGCACACGGGCGAGAAGGACAUCCGCUGCCCGAGAUGCCCGGAGACGCUGCCGACGCCGCAGAAGCUCCGCAUGCACAUGAAGGCCCACAGGAAGAACUGCAACACCGAGAGCACAUCGCCCGACUCCUCGCGCCCUCAGACCGAGGACGACGUCGACGACGAGGAGGAGGAAGAGGAGGAGGAGGAGGAGGAGGACGAGGAGUUGGACGAAGAGGAGGACAACCCCUCCGUGUGCGACAGCAAUGACGAGGACGACGACAUCGUGGAGGAGGAGGCCGAGGACGACGAGCCGGAGGACCUGUCGACCACGUCUAAGUCCACGGGCUCGGCGCCCGCCCCGCAGAGCGUGUCCUCCAGCACCACCGACAGCAGCAGCAAGUCCAGAUCCGAGCAGCAGAAGUCCGUGGUCGGGGAGCUCAUGGACAAGUUCGGGCUGGCCAACAUCUCGGCCUACAGCGAGGCCUACCACCAGGCCCUGAAGGAGUCGGGCCGCCUCCCGCCGCCGCACAUCGGCAAGGACGGCGAGAAGAUCCACACCAACGGCAUGGAGAAGCUCAAGCUACGAGACGACCUGACCAAGGGCCUGAUGGGCUCGCAGCCCUCGCUCGACCUCGCCCACCAGACGCUGCUGGGCGCCUUCGACAACCCGUACGAGGCCCAGAAGCGGCUGGCAGCCGCGCAGAGGGACAGCAGCCUGUACGCAGGCCUGUGGCUCCCCAACCUGGCUGGCACCGGCACCACCCCCAGGGACCUGUUCCCGGGGCUCCCGCCCUCCGAGGGCAACUUCCUGCAGCGGAAGAUCCUCGACGGCGCCGUGAAGCCCGGCGAGAUGUCUCUCGCGAAGCCGGGCACGAGCUCGGCGCCCAACACGCCCAUCUCGCUGGUGCCGCCGUCGAAGAAGGAGAAGCGGAACGACACGUGCGAGUUCUGCGGCAAGGUGUUCAAGAACUGCUCCAACCUGACGGUGCACCGGCGGUCCCACACCGGCGAGAAGCCCUACAAGUGCGACCUGUGCAGCUACGCCUGCGCGCAGAGCUCCAAGCUGACGCGGCACAUGAAGACGCACGGCCGCAUCGGCAAGGACGUCUACCGCUGCCGCUUCUGCGACAUGCCCUUCAGCGUGGCCUCCACGCUGGAGAAGCACAUGCGCAAGUGCGUCGUCAAUCAGAACAAGAAGGGGCUGUUCCCGCCGCUGUCCGGCUCGCACGACGGCCUCGACUCGUACAAGGGCCUGCACUUCACGCCCGUCAUCAGCGACGACUCGUCCAAGUCGGGCGGCCUCUUCUCGCCGCACUUCACGGCCGCCGCCGCCGCCAACACCUCCAACGACGACACCGGCGACUCCUCCAACCUGUCGGGCCCCGGGUCUUGAGAUUGGGCCCCCGUGGUAGCGCCCCCUUUGCCGCCGCCAGGGACCCAGGGGCUCACCCCCCCGGCUCUGGGCUUCUCCAGAGCGGCUACUCACCCGUGGGUGACUUCGGGCCGCCCACCGCCGCCACUCUUACUUAGGGGAGUGUCUGGCCCUCUGGCCCCGACGGCGCCGCCCUGGCCCUCGCCCGUGGUGGCGCGCGCCCCUCUGACGCCCUCGCGAGCCCCUGCCCCGCCCACGUGACCACCGGGGGGGGCGGCAGGGCGGGUGGUGUAGCCCGCACAUUCCCACACCUCGCGUCACCUGACUUCCCAGUGAGCGGCGCCCCUCCCGCCCACGCGGACUUGGGCGCCUCAACAAGCUAGUCCUCUGUGUUGUGCAACGGUAACAGCAGCAGCAGCCAGGAGGGCAGCACGCGGACACUCAGCCUAUUGUUCCUAUUGAUGUUAUGUGUUGUGUAUUGUAUGUUGUCCUAACUUACCUGGUCACAACGGCGGUUCAUGGCGGCGCCGCGGCCCGAGUGCCACGGUGCCAAGUUCUUCGCGAGAGGGCCGCACAGCCGGGCCGCACAGCCGGGCCGCACAGCCGGGCCGCACCUCCCGGACACAGGGAGAGGAAAGGAAGCCGCAGACACCGAGACACGCCUCAAGACCAUCCAGAAUGCAAAUGUUCUUUUUCGAAUCUUAUUUUUUGACUCCUUGAUCAUUAUUAUAUUCCUUCGCUAAUUUAUUAUUAUUAUUAUUAUUAUUAUCAUUGUUAAUCUAUUCUUAGCUCAAACUCUAUAGUAUGAUUCAUUACAUUCUCCUCGGGAAUAGAUUCAUUUUGAUUUUUUCACACCACUUAAAAAAAAAAAGAAAAAAGAAAAAAAAAAAAAGUGAAAGAUACCUUAGCUCUCUCCUCUUUUUCUUCUUACAAGUUAUCAAAUCUAUUCUAUUAUUCAUUCUUUCGUUUCUUCUAUAUAUAUAUUUUUUUUUUAAUCAUAUUUGUUGUCUUCAGAACUAUAGAGAAAAAAAUUAAGGCGAUUCAGGCCAGUUUGUUGAUAUGUAAAUGUUUAUGUCGAAGGAGAUCUUUUUUUUCUAAGAAAGGUGAAAAAAAAUGUAAAAAAUAUAUAUAUAUAUGAUUAAUAAUAAUAGUUAAAAGAAAAGAAAAACAAAGGAUUAGUUAUUUGGUGCAGAGAUGAAUUUGAAAAAAAACAAACAAUUAUCCACCUCAGGGACGUUCACCGACGUAGAGGAAAUGGAAGAAGUGAAUAAAGAAGAAGAGAAAAACAACAACAAGAAAUAGAUGUUGUUAUCGAUUUUUUUUUUCUCUCUCUCUAUUCUUUAUCGGGGGAUUUUUAGGAAUGUAUUCAAAUGUUAUUGAGAAUAUUUGCCCUUUUUUUUCUUGAUUUGAAUAAUAAUUAGAUUUGAUUUUUUUUUAUUAUUAUUCAAUUAAAUCGUUGAUUACGUAUUUCAUAUACGGAAAUGGAUGGCUUUUAAUUAUUAUUUUUACUAAAUUGAUUAUUCUUCGGAUUUUCUUUAAAAAAAGGGAAGAAAAGGAUUUUUUUUUUUUUUUUUUUUUUAGGUGGGAGUUUUUCGUUUUUUUUUUUUUUUUCUCCUAUUUACCGGGCGAUAGAAAAUUGCACUUGAAGGAAAUGAGAGAUAGGAAGAAAAAAUAUUUUGAAAAAAAAAAACAACUUAUGUCUAGUACCUGUAAAAGAUUAAAAAGUAAUGGGGAAAUUCAUCUUAAUUUCCGAUUAUCUCAUUUUCUCUUAUUUACUCUUUCUAUCUCAAGUUCUAUUCAAGAAACGAAGUGUAUGUACGCAACAAACCGACGCUGGUCACAUCAGUAUUAUCUCUGUUCUAAUUUCAUCGUUCUGUUUACAUUCUAACUUUUUGCUCGCGUUUUCUCAGUCAACUUUCAUCCCACCCGCGAUGACGUCACAGCUGCCUCUGCCGUGACGUCACAGCUGCCUCAGCCGUGACGUCAUUAUGGCCUCAGUCGUGACGUCACGUUGAUGCACCGAGCAUGUUAUCCUCAUUUGUAGUGUUUUUAUUCUUUCUUUUUCUCUUUUUUUUUUAUCUUUCGUGGCUACAUUCCUUUUUUUUUUCUUCUUUAUUUUGUUAUUAUUGUUCAUUCACGUUCCGUGGCAUCAGAUAUGAUUUGUUAUUUUCUAUUUAUUUGGGUUUUAUCGAUUCUUUGACCUUUGUUUUUUUUUCAUCCGUUCACGAAUUCUGUGAUUGAAAAUAAAAAUUAAAAAUCAAAUAAAAACGCUAGAUAGUAUGUGCCAUACGGUCGAUAAUAGAGUUAGCCUUAUUUCCAUUUCAUAUUUUAUCUCUUUUUUUCUAAUAAUUAUGGUAAUAAUAAUAAAAUGACUACAGACUUCAUUAGUGAUAAUGAUAAUGAUGAUUGCUUCUAUCACCCCCCCACAUUUUCUUCACUACAAAGCAUUAUUAGUGUCCUGGGCUUUAAUUACCAAUUAUUUCAUUAAAUGUGGGCAGUAGGCCUACUUUUACAAACCAAAGAUUUUUAGACUAAGAUGCAACACCGUUACAUAUAUAUGUAUAUUUCCUCCCUUCCCCCCCCAACACGUUUUUUUUUUUUUUUUUUUUUUUUUUACAUUUUUUUUCCCUUUUUUUCAAAUCUUCGUCAAUUCGAUUUUUUUUUCCGUUUUCAAUUUUUUUUUUCCUUUUCGUUUUGACUUAUACUAUUAGGCGGGUUGCAUUUUGGAAGAGUUUCUCGAAACACUGUAAAUAUUGUAUAUAAGAUAGUUUAUAUUUGUAUAUGUACUGAUAGAUUAUAAACUGAUAUUGAACCUUAAUCCCUAAUUUGUACAAUCACGAACAUUAAGAGAAAAAAAAAUGAACAGUUAAAAAAAAAAUAUGAAGAAUCUCUGCACCAAAUAACAAUAUGAUUUUUUUUCCCGUUUUUUUAUUGUUAUAUCAAGUGAUUUAGGGAGAACAUCAGUUUUCAUCUCGUUCAGUAUUGUAUUAAUUUGUUCUAAGGUGUUCUAAAGUGUUAUUUUUUUUGUUCUAUUUGUGUUUACAUUGAUCUAUGGACGUGAUGUCAAGUGGCUAGAACUGUAACCCUUUUUAAAAAGUGUAUAUUGAUGUGAAGUGAUGUGAAAGAGAGAGACAAGAGAAAUAGUGAGAGAGAAAAUAGAGGAAAUUUUGGUCCGAUAUGUGAAGGAAAAUAAAUCCCACUUCAAGGUUUUUCUGUUAUGUUGUUUAUAAGACUUUUUUUUUCUUUUCAAUGGAGAAAAAAAAAUCUGUUGUGAAUCUGAGGAAAGAAGUGAGAAAAAAGAGAGAGAGAGAGAAAGGAGAUUGGAAAAAAAACUAACUUUUACUAAUAAUGGGAUUUUAUUUUCUGAAAAUCAAAAUAAGAUGGAAAAAAAAUAAAAUAAAAUCACAUACGUAAGACCAAGAUGUGUGUCAAAGAUAUGUCCAGUUACCUCACCAAUAUUCAGUCUAUCUCCUUCACCAUCAAUCAUCACUAUUUGUGCGGCAGGAAUAGCGGAAAGAGAGAAAGAGGGACAGAAAAAGGAAAGAAAAUUUUCCUCUAUUCUCCUACAAAAAAAAAACUAUCUCCCGGCGGAAUUGCAUGCAAGUGACAACGUUCUUGCAUGCGUUGUUGUGAGUGAUGGCGUUCUUGUAAGCAAAUUCGUGAAUCCGAACGAAGCCAGUUGACCAGAAAGGUUUAAGCGACAGGGUAUUUGCUGAGUCAAGCGUGCUGCCGAUACAAAAUGUUUCUAAUUUAUAUAUAUAAAUAUAUUUUCAUCUUCCUCCCCCUCCCCCCUCCAUUUUUUUUUUUUUUUUUCGUUUUUUGUUGGACUUGUUCGGGUGGAUACACACUGUAGGUUAGAUUUAGAAUGGUUGAGUAAAAAAAAAAGAUAAUAUAUAUAAAUAUAUAUGUAACAUGAUGCAGGGAAAUGAUAAUGAUAUUUAAAAAAAAAAACACUGGAAAUGAAAGUAAACUCCCUCCUUUUCUUUCAUUUAUGAUUUAGGUAUAAUUAUUUAUAUAUGUAUAAAAUGAGAACGUAACCCAUUUUGUGAACGGCAUUGCUGAUGUAAAAUAUAAAAAAAAAUAAAUGUCGUCUGGGUCGUUUAUCCAAUCAUUCAAGCUGGAGGGAACAACCUUAAAGUGUUCAACUUAACCAUUUAACCAUGUUCAAGGGUGUAGUUUACAGUGAACGAGAUCGGAUAACUGCCGACACAGGUUUUAGACAUAACAAAUUAUACAUACACAUGACACAGGUGUAGAUUAGUUAAAUAGACAAGUCCAUGAUAAGAAAACGUACAUACAGACACAUGAACAGAUCGCUGCUCGCUGUUUCCCUGCUCAUUCGAGGCUGAGAGAAAGAGAGAACGAAAGAAAGUGAGUGUGAGAGAGAGAGAGAGAGAGAAUUGCUGUGUGACAUCAUGUUCCAUAUUCUUGAAUUGGGGGAAAAAUAAAUCCCGUUGUUAAUUGUAUGCACAGUUUUUAUUGUAAUUAAGGUAGUACUGAAAUGAUCUUACUUGUAAAAAAAAACUGACUGUCACUGAUUUUUAUUAAUGUUGUUUACAGUCAUUGUGAAGCAGAACUCCUUCUUAGUGUGUUUAGAAGUGACUGAGGAAUCCCUUUGGCUUUACUUUACACGUGACCAAUAAACGCUUGUACCUGCUAUGGACGAUACGUGAACCUGUAGGGGAAAAGGGUGGGAUCCUACUAGAUGGUCUUCGAUCCCCUUUGUUCUCAUCCUCCUCCUCUUCCUCCUCCUCCUGCUCCUCCUCCUCCUCCUCCGCCUCCACCCUCAACCCUCCCCUUUAUUAAUCCUUCCCAUCUCCCAUUUGAUGGCGCUGGAGGAAAAAAAAGGUUCAAAAAUCUUUAGAGAAAGAGAGAGAGAGAGAGAGAAUAUGAGUGAGUGAGAGAAAGAAAGAAUUUUUUUUUUUUUCUUUUUUUUUUUUGCAGGCCAUUGCGAGAGUAAAUGCCCAUGAAGUUUCUACAGCUCAGACAAACCCGCGUGUAAAGAUGCUUUUUAUUGAUGGUGCAAACUUAUGUAGGAUUCAAUCAUGUACAGUCCCUCAAAUCCUCUACUGGCGAUAGUCACUUGUCUCCUUAUACGAUCCAACUCUACUACUAAACCUGACAAGCGGUGGAGGACUGUGCACUUUAUACUCUCAUCUAUUUAUUAGAAUACAAUUGGCGUGAAAAGAAUCUUUGUACAUGUAGAGUUGAAUAAAUGUAUUUAUCUUCGUCAAA